AUGUCUGACGACUCGGAAUCUCGGCCCUUGCUCGCGGAAAGGUUCCAUGACACCACCUCUAGUAAUGACACCGAUGUUCAGAUCCAAGGGAGUUGCCUGGCAGACCGCCGGAGCGUGCUCUCCAUAGUUCUUCCCCUGGCUAUCGGUGUCUUCCUGACUGCGCUGGACACCACCAUCGUCGUGUCUUCAUAUGCGUCCAUUGGCAGCCAAUUCAACCAACUAGAAAAUACUAGUUGGAUUGCAAGUGGAUAUGUGCUUACGGUAACCAGUUUUCAACCUUUGUACGGGAAGUUGAGCGACAUCUUCGGACGCAAGCCAUGCUUGCUGACAGCCUACGUGUUCUUUGGCGUCGGAUGUUUGCUCUGUGGAGUUGCGAAAGACAUGUAUUGGUUAAUUGCUGCCCGAGCAAUGUCGGGCAUAGGCGGCGGAGGUAUAUUGACGGUUGGGUCCAUCAUAGUGUCUGAUGUAGUUCCAUUACGCUCAAGGGGUACCUGGCAAGGUAUUCUCAAUAUCAUCUUUGCUACUGGGCAAGUCACUGGCUCUCCGCUAGGCGGGGCUUUUGCCGAUAGUAUAGGCUGGAGAUGGGUGUUCCUCCUUCAAGUUCCCUUAACUGCAGCGGCCUUUUUGUCAGUCAGCCUGGUCCUGAAGCUUCCUACGAAAGCUUCGGAAGAGGACUUCUACUCCCGACUCAAGCGGGUGGAUUUUGCUGGUGCAGCGGCCCUCAUAUCCUCGAUCUUCUUCCUCCUGCUGGGUCUUGAUAGAGGCGGUAAUAUCGCCUGGUUAGACUCAGUUACAGUCUCUUGCCUCGUUAUAUCCCUCAUUUCAUUCUGCUUCCUCGCCAUCGUCGAGUUCAAGCUAGCUCGGGAACCCUUCGCACCGGCACGCAUCAUGCUGUCAUCGUCCCUCUCCAGCCCGUUUAUGUGCAACUUCUUUGGUACCAUGUCCUUCAUGUGUCUCUUCUACCAGCUACCCUUAUACUUCCAGGUGGUACAAAGUAUGACUGCCUCGCAAGCUGGCUUGGGACUGUUGCCCACUAUCUUUGCCGGGACGCUCGGUAGUUUGACCGGGGGGCUGAUCAUCCAGGCCACUGGAAAAUACUAUAUCCUCACUGUGUGCAUGUACGGCACAAUGUUGGUGGGAACGGUUCUCAUAGCGUUAAUCACCGGUCACAUUGGCUAUUCACUGGUUGGGAUUAUAGUUGGCACCGGUGUCACUACAACUCUAGUCGCCCUAAUAGCGAAUGCUGGGCCUCAAGACCAAGCUGUCGCGAUCGCCGUAUCGUACCUUUAUCGGUCUUUGGGCCAGGUGAUCGGGAUAUCAGUGGGCAGUACUCUUAUCCAGAACGAACUUCGACAUCUCUUGGGGCAACGCCUGACCGGGUAUGACCUGGAUGUGGAACAGGUUGCACGGCGAGUUCGAGAAUCUCUGGAAUACAUCAAUGGACUCGAUCCCGAGGUACGGGCGGUUGUGAGACAGUCAUAUGGCGAUGCUUUUCCUUUCGCCUUCUCUUUUUCGGUCGCUACGGCUGUAGCUGCGUUAUGCGCCGCCUUCUUUGUUAAGGAGAAGAGUCUUUCGAAACCACAUACAGCUUAA